GCCUCCCGGGCCUAGCGCGGGAGGCCGGCCUAGCUCCUCUGCGCCCCAGCGGUCUGGCGGGCGGGGGAAGUGGUUAAGGCUGGCUGCCCCCUUGGGGGCGCCGAGUCUCACGAGAUCAAAAGCCGCUGCCCCGCCCGCCUCUAGGCGCGCUCCGGGGUCACGUGCCCCUUCGGUGAAUGGGGAGGAGCGGGCGUGAGGGGGCCCAGCACUAAUCCGGACCCGAGCCUUGAUCGCUGUCGGAGCCAUGCUGCGGAGCUGCGUCUCACGACUGCGCACGCUUGCGGUUCUGCGCGGCCUGCCCGGAGGCGCGCCUCUGCCGGCGAAGGACCCGUGGUCGCCGCGGGUGAAUCCCGGAGCCGGGCGGCGGGAGCGGGCGGCCAAGCCAGGCUGCGUCAGGGGUGACCCGAGGUCAUUUUCUUCUGAGGUCAUUCAUAUGGACCUUUCUCUCCCCAACCCCAGUUGGAGCGAGGACAUGAGACUUCUCUUUGACCAGUUCAUGAAAAAAAGUGAAGACGGCUCUUGGAAACAUUUGCCUUCAUAUAAAAGUAAAUUUACUCAAGAGACUGAAGACAUCAAAAUCUAUUUUCCUGACGCAAAGCUAAUGAAAGAAAAACUGUCACAGGCCCAGCUCUUUCCCAGAAGCCUUGAGGAAGGCCUGGGCUUUGAAUAUGCAAUGUUCCAUAAUUGUGUUGAAGACAGGACAGUUUGCAUAUUUCAAGGAGGUCCCUACCUGCAAGGAGUACCUGGAUUCCUUCACGGAGGUGCCAUUGCAACCAUGAUUGAUGCUACUCUUGGUACGUGUGCUGUAGUAGCCAUAGGAGUUGCCAUGACUGCCAGCCUCAACAUCAGUUUUAAAAGGCCUAUCCCCCUCGGUUCUGUUGUUGUGAUAAAUAGUCAAGUUGAUAAAGUUGAAGGAAGGAAAUUGUUUCUUUCUUGUAAUAUCCGAAGUGUGGAUGAGAAGACCGUGUACUCAGAGGCAACAAGUUUAUUUGUAAAGCUGGAUCCUAAAACAAGGUUGACAUAAACGAGCUUCUGGUACAUUCUACACCAGUCUGUGUUAGGGUCUCCUUCCCCCAGAAGAAGCUGUUGUGCCACUCCUGCUCUAAUUACCUGCCAUUGAGUCCCCCAGAGGGUGAAGCCUGCUAACACACCUUCCUGAACAGAUCUUCAGAAUACAACUCCAGGGACUCUGGUGCCAUCUUCUAAACUCUUCAACACAGAAGUAUUCCUUGUGA